CCCCCCCCCCCCAACGUGGCAUCCAGGUGUCUGUCCAUCUUUUGCACUUGUGUCCCGGGGGGGGUGUUGGACAGCCCAGCAUCCUUUGCACAUGCAAACUACUGGCCUCUAAACUGCACUUGAAUCCCCUAAGGACUGCCAGCGUGGCUGAGGCAGUCUCCUUUGGGUGUUUUUUGUCCCCCUUUUUACUCCCAUUGCUCAUGUCUCCCUCCUGGGAGCCCUGGCAGCUCUUCCCCUCCUCCUAUCCCUCGCUUUGGGUUGGCGUGGGUAGGGUAGGGUGGGGCAGGGAGGGAGUGGAUUUCCAUGCAUGGCAUAUCAUGCUGGGGUUUCCUUCGGGUCAGACUGGUGUACUGAGAAUCCAAAUAUCUUAUUAAAAAGGAAAAAAAAAUCCAAAUUGAGUUGUUUUGAGGUAGCCAUCAUGUGCUAGACCCAUGGCUUGAGACAUGUAUGGUGAAAAGCCAGAUUUAGACCUAGAUUGAUGUCAACUUUCUGCUAGUUUUGAAUUCUGUGUGGGGUUGAAGUCUCCAGUUUUAAUUCUCUCUCAGGUUCAGUUAUCUCCAGGGCCUUAUUACAGACGUUCGGUUUCUCCUGGGGAAGUCAUCGCUCUCCCAGGAGAAACCCCAAAUGUGGCAGAUGUUCAGGGUUUUUCUCCCAGAGUAAAAAUGGUGGCUGCAGGAGGAAAAUAACUUAGAACAACCAAACUUAAAUCUCUCCCAGGAGAAUGGGAGAGUGAAUGUCUGUACUUGCUUGAAUUCUCUCUGAAGUUGAAUUCUCUCCUGGGUUAGUGGUGGGUGCCUGAGUGAGACUUGCUUCUAUCCCACACACUUGCCCUCUCUCUCUCUCAUUGCUGCUGCCUCUCCCUGGGGAGAAUUUGGGCCCCAAAAUGGCUUCUUCAACAUGUUUUUCUGUCACUUUCCUUCCUGUUCAAAUAUCAGCGGAUAUCACUUGACCCCUUCAUGGACAUCGUAAGAGAAGUGGGGCUGGAUCUAGAGAUCACAUUUAGUCCAUCCCCCUGCCUGAGGCAGAAUCAGCCUUGUCCAAACUAUCCCAGACACAUCAUCAAACCUCUUUGUAAAACAACUGUCAGCCUUGACACAGGUAAAGCAGGGGGACCAUGGCAGCCCAGAGUCUUGCUGCUGCAAAAGGUUGUUAAUAUACACUCGAGAGGUUUCAGGCAGAGGCCUUGCCCCUGCUACAGAGGAAGCCAACCUCCUCUUUGCCCCCAUCUGACCAGGGGAGAUUCCCUCUGCUGGCUGGGAUCACAAAGCCUCCUUAAGAUUCCCUGGCCUUAGCUGAUCCUAAAUUAACCCAGCACUAAUAAACCUGGCAGCUGCCAGGGUCCCUUCUGCUGCUCCUGCUAUAUAUUACAUACAUUAUACACUUAACUGGUUAAUUAUGCAAUAUAUUUUGACUGGCCACAUGUCUAUCCAGGUAUAAAAACAGCCAACAUGCUAUGAAGUUAGUGCUUGAAAAUGUGUAACGACUCUAUAGCUGGUUUCUAUCUAGCUUUAAUUGGAAUGUGUAGCAGGGCCCCAUGAUUAGCUCAGGCUUAGAUCACUUGAGGCCUGGAGGGAAGAAUAAGCCAUACUGUUCUUGGGGAAGGGGGGGUGGAGAGGGUGGGGUAGUUUGCAAGGUUAAAAAGCUAUUUUGCAAGCAGUUUUCGUGCCUUUUUGGCUGUGGUUUCUCAGCUCUACAGGCCCUGAUUGGAUGCCUGUGCUCCCAAAAAAGGGGUUGCACCUCUUUGUCGGCAAUAGAGCGAACGAAGAAAGGAAGUCGCUGGCCACAAGCAGGCUUACAAGGAGCUGGAAAUAGAAGCGUAAGAUGCAUGGAGACAGCCUUCGCUAGCCCCUGAAGCAGGUUAUUUUAGUUUGCGGGGGCCACCUGUUGCAGCACCUCGGUUUGCAGAGGCCUGGGGACCCAUUAGCCAGGCAACCCGCUUGCCUCAUACUAACUGCUGCCUUUCAGGCACACCCAGUCCCUGCUCUAGCUGUGGAGAGGUCUAGCUAAAGGCAAGGGCAUCUUUUUGGCUAGGAGAUGAGGGUGGCAGGGAAUGGUACUGACACCAAAUAUUUACCUGCCAGAAAAUCAUGGAAAGAAACCCUGUUUUGAGGGGGUGGACAUUGACACUAAAACUUGCUGAUGAGAAAACCAACCUGCCAGGAGAUUGUGGAAAAAGUUACAAAGAACCUGUUUCAAGGGGGAUAUGUGCUAACUCUGAAACCUACUGACAACUAAUCUGACCUGCUGGGAAAUCAUGGGAUAAGGCAUAAAGAACCUGCUUUUGAGGGCACACAUGUUGACUCUGAAGCCUACCGAUAACAAAUCUGACCUGACAGGAAACCUUGAAAAGAGGCCAAAGAAUCCAUUUUGAGGGGAUGAGUGUUAACUGUGAAUUCUACUAACAACAAAUCAGCCUGCCAGGAAAUCAUGAGAAGAACACAGAGCCCAGACAUUGCUGUCCUCAAGGGCUGUUUACACCCAGGCAAAGGUCCAAAUCUUUGCUCUGAUUUCAGUAGGGGCAAAAGGCUGUACCCCACCUACCCCUGAAGGUGGGGAUGGUGUCCAGGCUCCCAUUGUCCCCUACCAUAACCUGCCAGCCCCAACUACCAGAGUGAGGACAGAACCUAGGUAUCCUGGCUCACAGCCCCAGCCCCCCUACUCCAACCAAUAGGCAUCCCACUCCCUGACCAAACCCAGGCAUCCUGGCUUCCCAUUCACCAGACCCCACUUGGCUCUGAGCAUGAACUGAGGUGUCCUGACUCCCUUUCCCCCACAACACCCUCUCCACAGAUCUGUCCUGAUCCCCUAAUCUCUCCUGAGGAUGGAGCCCAAGUGUCCUGGCCCCUCUUCCCUCAGCCUUGGGGACAGAACCUAGGCCUCCUGGCUCCCAGCUGGCUCCCCCACUCCCAAGAGCUGAGGAAGAAACCCAGGAGUCCUGGGCCCAAGUCCCCCUUCCACUGGCUUCUGGUCCACUUAAGAGCGCUACCCGCCCCCACAUGCUCAGGGGGUGGGGCGAAGUGAGGCCAGAGCGGCUGUUGGAAAAAGGCGGGAAAAGCAAUUGGAGUGGGGAGGGGCUGAGGAGGAGGCAGCUUCAAGCCCACUCCCCUACAGCAGCCUAGGGGGCAGCAGGGCCAUGGCGAGGAAAGGGGAGGGUGAGGGGCAGAUACGUCCACCACAGUCCCAUAAUACCAUGCAGCUCAUGGGGCAGAUACACUCAUGGCAAACGCAUAGUGCCCUUCACCUCAUGGGGCAGAUACACAAAUGACAGUCUCAUUUUCACCUCAUGGGGCAGAUACAUGCAUGGCAAUCCCAUAAUGCCCCUUGGGUCAUGGGGCAAGUAUGCCCAUGUCAGUCCCAUAAUGCCCUGCUCCUCACGGGGCAGAUACACCCACAGUACUCCCAUAAUGCCCUUCAUUUCAUGAGGCAGAUGCAUCCAAUGGGCACUCCAUAAUGCCUAUUACCCAAUCAGGCUUAUAAAACCAUUGCUAUACCACAGUGCCUUUCAGCCUGGAGAUUAACCACAUCCCUGACCACCCCACAAUGCCCUGCGUCCUAUGCAUGGGGAUGGAUAAACCCACCCCACCCUGUCCUUCCUCCCACUUUUCUGUGGAGCAGGUAGAGGCCACAGAGGGUUGCUAUGGGCCUCCUGCUAGCCAGUCUCAUCCAGUGGGUUUUUUUCUUUUUCCAUUGCUCAAAGACCUGGGGCCCAAGGCAGAGGAGCUGCUGUUGUUGGUGAAGCAACUGCAGAAAGCAGGGGACCUGGAGCCCAGGAUCGAGGACCUGGUCAGCAGGAUCAAUAAACUGCAGCAGGUGACCAAGGAGCAGACAAACCUGGAGGACAUCCACUGGCAGAAAGAAGAGGCCUUGAGGGUGGUACAGGUGCAGUGCCAGGAGGCUGAGUCAGAGUCCCAUCGCCAGCAUGGCCUCUUGCAGGAGGUGCAGCAGCGCAUCCAGGACCUCACCAUGGGCAUCCAGGAGGAGACCCUCAAGCAGAGGAAGCAGAGGUGCCACCCCUGGAGGCUGGAGUUUGAGCAGCAGCUGGAUGAACUGAUGGAGAAGCACAAGACCCUGCAGGAAGGGCAUACCAUGGAUAAGCUAGCUGUUGAGAUCCAGAACAUGUCAGACAGCUGGGAGCGGCUGCUGAGAGAAGAUGAACUGAUCCAGGCAAAGCUGAUGCAGUUGAAGCAAAAGCUGGAUGUGCUGGCCCAGGCUGGGGCUGGGCGCCGUGAAGAGAGGAGGUUCCUGAAGAGCCCGGAGGCCAGUGCUGCCCUACAGCUGCUGCAGCAGGAGAACCAAGGUGCCCAUUCCCAGUUGGAGGUUGCCACCCAACGCCACUGCCAGGGGCUGCAGCGAUGCAACCGCUGGCACCCAGGGACCAGAAGGUGGCUGCGUGACACCAGGAUGGCACCCUAUGUUGGAGUGAACCCCUAUGUCUGGGCAUUCGUCCUCCCUCCAGCUUGGUACCAAUAAAGCCAUCACCCAC